GCUUCCUGAUCUCCAAGUGCUGCUUCCCCAUCUUCAAAGCCAAGACUGGCAAAGCCAAGCGAGUCCGGACCAUCUUCACCAGUGACCAGCUGGCCCGGCUGGAGAAGGAGUUUGCACGACAGCAGUACAUGGUGGGCACGGAAAGGUGCCUGCUCGCCUCUUCCCUGCACCUCACUGAAGAGCAGGUGAAAGUCUGGUUCCAAAACCGAAGGAUCAAGUGGAGAAAACAAAGCCUGGAACAGCAACAAGCCAAACUGGCCAAAAUGGGUUUGGCCACCCCGCAGAGGAGCCCGGACUCGCAGAGCCACCACGGUGAGGAGGACAAGGAGUUCCCAAUGGAGUCAGAGGACGGCCAGGAGGACACGGCCUCCUCCCCGGGUUCAGGGACAGCACCCGCACAGACUGUGGCAAAGAGCUGCUGA